GCCUUCACGCCACAUCCGCUUUCGGAAAUACCCGAAUCCUGUUCGCUCGUGUCCGGCUCCGUGAAUUCAUUGUAUGUAAACAAGGUCAAGCGUUCAAUGCAGUAUUCACUCGUCACACUUACUUGACGAGUUUAUCUCUUGAGAACAAUCCAUCCAACACAGAUACAGCACAAAGACAAGGAUUUUUUCGAGCACCAGCAAAGAUGAUGCAGUGUCUUCAGUUUCUGGUUGAACCAACUAAGAACGUCACCAUCAAGUUUAAGGAGUUUCGUAAGAAGUCGAAGAAUGAGAAGCGAGAACCUCUGGAUGAGAGCCAGCAGUUCAUUGUGAAUCUAGCGCAGGAUCUGCGCAGAGUUUGUCAGAGGUCGGAGGUGUUGGAUUAUAUCUCCAGCUGUGAAGAUGUUUGGCCCAUCCUCACCUGUAGGGCCGUCAUUCUGGAGUGUGCUUCUGUGUUAGAGAGCAAGAAGAGACCAAUGCAGACAGACAGAUGGCCAGAGAUAAGUGACUGGAAAGAUCUGGAUUUGACCGGUGAGCAGAACGUUGAGAGUGCCAAGAGAGUCAUUCUUACCUGGACCAAAGACCUGAGAGCCCAACCUGAGCAAAGUGUGUGGCCUGGAGAGCGGCUGGUGGUGGCUUUGGAUGAUUUUGAGAAUCACUGGAGAAGAGGACACUUGGCUACUCUUCAGUCGGCCAUGGAGCUGGUGUUCUGGGCUCUCCUCAACAAAGAACUAGACAAGGAGAACAUUCCCCAAAAGUGGCUUAUGUGGAAACAGAGGAGCCAAAACGUCGGCGCCGCCCCCUAUAUUCCUUACACAUUGUGGCACUGGAUCUGUGAUGUCGGAGUGAAGGUGACUCUUGAUCUGGACACAGCCAACCCUGACCUGCUGAUCUCUGAGGAUGAGAAGCGCAUGCGCUGCGGUUUCGACCGCAAAGACGUGCCCAACUACCACCAGCGCUUCGAUGGCUGGUGGUGCGCAGUUGGAACCGAAAGUUUCAGCUCUGGUCGCCAUUACUGGGAGGUCGACGUUGGAGAAAUGGACUGGCGUGUCGGUGUGGCCAAAGAGUCGGCCUUGCGUAAGGGCUUCAAGUCCCUGAACACCGAUACCGGUUACCUGACCCUACGCUUGGAGCGCGGCACGGAGCUGAAGGCUCUGACCGUGCCGUUCACCUCCCUGCCUGCCACCACCCUUCCCCGCAAGGUCGGCAUCCACCUGGACUUCGACGAGGGCCAGCUGUCCUUCUACGACGUGGAGAGACGCUCUCACAUCUACACCUACAACGAGACAUUCGAUGAUAAGCUCUUCCCACUCUUCGGUACGGUGGAGAUCGUGAAAGACCUGGUGAUCAAAUGGCCUGUGGACAGGAGCCACUACGUGUGUCCCAGCAUGUGCCAGUGGGUUUGAGACCUCUCAGGUCGAACCAGAGCCCAGUGCUUAAUCUCUAGACCAGUGGUUCUCAACUGGUGGAUUGUGAUCUAGGGAUGACACACUUUUUCUGAUUGGGUCGCAUACAGCAGGAGACAAAAACGGUAGUAAACGCGAACAAUAAAAUACAGCUGACAAUAUUAGUGAUGGAUCCCAAUGGUCAAAUAAUCCACCAUCCAUCCAGAACCAUGUUGAUGUUGCUAUGGUGAUAUUUCAUCAAUAAAUCCAUUUAAAACUAUUAUAAUUGAUCUCUGCAGUCUGUUUAAUUUUAAUACUCUUAAAAUAUUAUUUUAUUGCACUUUAAGUUGUUUCAGGCAUUUUUGUUUAGUUUUUUAUGCAAAACGAUUUCAGUAGCGUUCUAACCUUGUUCAAUGUAAAAUCUUGGUCCUGAAGCAAACCCAGUUGAGAGCCACUUGUCUUAGAAGUCUUAUUAGUAUUAGCAGUAGAAUAACUGGGCCAUGUUAGUUUAUCACUUCUUAGUGAUUGAUUCAUAGCCGAACAUAAUUCCAUCCAAGUAUUGUAAGAUCUGUUUCGCUACUGCUUCUGUGUGUAAUGUGUUCACCUGCCCUGUUCGCACUUUCAUAUUCAUCUGACAAUCUUAAAUUAUGUCAAGAAAAUGCACUUUAUGUGAAUAAAUGAAUGACUUCAAGUUUGCUGUAGUGUGU